GCUAUGAGAGUCAAAAACAAGGCUAACCGAGGGAAGGAGGGAGUACAUGCUCAGGGGAACCGAAACCACUAUCUCCACAAGGCAGUUAAUGAGGAGAAACUGAAGCGGCCGCUCUCACACAUGCAAGCGUGGGAGAUCACCCAUACGCGGAAGGACACCAAGCCUGGCGAGCCCAAGUACUACGGCAAGAAGACCGCGCAUAGGAAGAAGGCCUACUCCGAUGGGUAUCUGGCGUUACAUCCUGACACACCUGACCCCAUUGCGGCGGAUCUGGACGAAAGGGUGGUGGUGGGCAUGGGGCCGAAGGAGCACGGUCGGGAGGCGGUUCUCGAUGCUGUGAUCACUCCUACUAUCUCCUACACACAGCUCCGUCGGAUCAACCCGACCCUGAGCGAGCACACGAGCACGCCCAUGAGCAGUGCACCGUCACUGUCCCUCUUUCAGGAGCAGCAAACUUUGUUUUAUGAGUUUCAUCAUGUCAUACUGUAG